AUGACCAAACAGCUGCAGUAAGUUUUUUUUUCAUUUUUACUUGCUUUUAAACUUUAAAAAUGAUUUUAAGAGGGUUUUCGUACUGUAUUUAUUGCCGUAUUAAGUAAUGCCGUGCACGGAUUUACUAAAUGCGACUUUGUUUAGCUACAAUGAAGUUUUUUUUUCUACAUCUUUAAUAUAAACUUACUUUUUUGUCUACAAAAACGUUUGAAAAUGUCAGUUUUAAGUAGUAAACAGUUAUAUUUUGCCUAAGGGAUUAAAGAGCAAAAGUUUCGCGGACUCGUACGGUUUUAGAAAUUUUAAUUACUCACAAAUUGUUUAUGUUUCUUUAAACUUAAAAACUAAAAGUAGGCUUUGUCAAUUAAGCUGGUGGAAGGCACUCUUUUAUUGACUUAUUUUCUCUAUAUGUGUAUAUUCAUACUGUAAUGACUUUUGAGUACUGUGAAAUUUUAAAAGCUUUUUAUGGUUGUAAAGCUAGAGUUUGGUAAGAACUUGUUUUUAAAAGCGCUUUAAUUACAGUAGUAAGGUAUGGUGAAUGUCAUAGUGGAUUUUUUUUCAAAGCAAUUAUAUUAUAGUUUAGGCAUUUUUUACAAAUUAUAACCCUCAAAUACAAGCUUACAAAAUAAAUAUUAACCCACUCCUUUAGUCCUUCAACAUCGUUUAAGUUACUGUACUUUUCUUAUUUCUUGUCAUGUUUCAACGACCAGUUAUGGGCUUUUGCGAUGAUUUUUAUGCUUGAACAUCUUGGUAGUCUACGGCUGAUUGGCGUAAGUCAGCUGGUAGAAAAUACAUUGCAAAUGAUGGCUAGUGCAUUCAUCGGAGGAUGGAUGAACAAGCAUUCGAGAAUUUAUGGUAUGUUACGGUAUUUUUACUUUAUAGGCUAUCAGGUGAUGUAUUUAUGUAAAAUAUAGUAUCUAUUUCACAAUCAUAUCUUUACAUAUCAAUCCUAUAAUGACAAAUUUAAAUAAUAUUAGGUGGUUCACAUAAUUCUGUGUUACCCAACUUUGAAAAUUUGCUUUGAGAGGAGCACAGAAUUAUUUGAACAACCUAAUAUAAAGUAGGUGGACCUUUUGAAGAAUUCAUGAUUUUCAGCUACACUGUCAGUACUAGCGUUGAACAACUUAGCAGUAACACUAUCAGCUUCUUUGCUGAUAACAUGUAUGUUAAUAGUAGAUGAUCAUCCUUCUUUAUAUAUUGCAUGUCUAGUACUAUCGAUUCUGUUUGGGGCUGUAUCAAAAUGUGCUUCAGAAGGCGAAGAAAUGGCAUUUACAAAAGAUUGGAUUGUGGUUAUGACUGAGAAGGAGGGAACUGAUGCUUUGUCUUGUAAGUAUAACACUAUAUUCAUAUAAAUAUACCAAAAUAAAAUAUUUUUUUUGUAAAUACAUUUUAAAGUUUACUGACAAUUUUAAUACUAACUAAUCAACCAAAUUACUAUUUUUGGGUAAGAACGCGACGUUGACUAUAAUAAGCCAUGUUACCGCUGUCAUUACUCCGCCAUUAAGUGCCUAUAUGUUGGUGAGUAUUGGGUACAUCAAUGCAUCAAUAGCAUUUAUACUAUGUAACGUUGUCUCAUGGUUUGUGGAGCGACAAAUGUUCAUCAUAAUAUACGAUAAUGUGCCUGAAUUGCGAGCUAAACACAAAAGAAGUAAGAGUUUAAAGUUUGAUUAUAGGUGUUUAUGGUGUUUUACUUGCUAAAAUUGGUUAUUCUAUCAUGAUUUUGUUGUUUCCUUUAACAUUUUCGUGGCCGGACCAAAAGGGUUCUUUAUUUUUUUAAUGUAGUAGCCAGUGUUUUGCCGGACCGUUCCGCCUAUGACUCAUGUCCGGUCCCACAUGAAAAUGAAAAAUUUUUGGAUCGGUCUAAUUCAAUCUGGACCAGAUUGAGAUUUUUCCUGUCCGGUUUAACAUUUUUUUUCAUCCGGACUUGUUUGAAACGGACGCGCCUGUCAAAAGCGCUAAUACUACUAUUCCGUCAUAGCCGUAUUUUACUCAACAAAGUUGUAUUUUUACAAUAACUUUUAUAUUGUACUAUAUUAUGUAACUUAUUUAAUUCUGAUUGUAUCUAAUGGUAUUUAGCCCCAUCAAUGCAAAAGCGUCGUCAAGAAGAAGAGAAAGAGUUAUUGAAGUUAGCCGUAGGCCAUAAUGAGGUCGAAUCGAGUUGGUUUAAAGAUGUUGGUCGAAUCUUUUGGAAACAGUCAAUCUAUCCAGCUGCGAUUGGACUUGCUUUGAUGUAUUUUACUGUGCUCGGGUUUGAUGGGGUAGGAUUUUAAAUAUUGAACGUUUACUAGCUGAAUUAAAAACUAUUUAUUAUAUUUUUAUUUCGAUUCUAUGGCUUUUUAUACUGCAACUUUAAAAUUUUAGCCUUCUAACCAAGCUAUUUUUGAAAAUAUUUUAAGAGAUGACUUCAGGUUUCUAACUGAUCCUGUAGCUUGUGUAAGGUCUUGUUAACGUGUCUAGCCGUUAUCUUAAGUUUGAUACCGUUUUUUAGAUUCCAAUAAGCUAUGGUAAAGCCAAUGGUUUGCCUGAUGAUAUGUUAGGUCUUUUCAAAGGAGCAGCUAGUUUACUUGGUAUUAUUGGUGCUAUUGUCUACACUCAAAUGGAACAGAAGAUUGGGUUACGAAAAACUGGAUUGGUUGGAAUGACUGUAAGGACUUUUAUGGUUUUAUCAGACUUGAAGGGGGGUCCGCUAAACCCGGCUUCGGUUUAGUCCGGCUCUGGGCAGAGCCGUUACAUGUGGGCUUGAGGGCCGUGGGUUAAAGCAAGGCCGUAGGACCCAGAAAACGAGCACAAAGUGUAAUAGUAACGUUUGUUUUCAGAUACAACAAAUUUCGAAUGUAUUUUGUGUAUUUUCAUUGUUUGCUGCAGGAUCUUUGUUUACACCUAAUGAGUAUUGGAGCUCUUUUUCUACAACGGUAUGUAAAAUGUCAUAACGAUGUAGUUUGGUAAUAAUGAUAGUCUUUUUUCUGAUAAUAUUGAGUUAGAGCUCAUGUCGAUAACCCGAAAAGUAGCUACCCGAACAAUCCCUACCCGAAAUUACCAUUGCCCGAAAUAUCCAUUACCCGCAAAGCCCUUACCCGAAAAGACCAAUACCCGAAACGUCCUACCCGAAAAGUCCUGCUCCCGAGCUCAUGUCUAUACAGUUCAUACUUAAACUAACAAUGCCAACUUAAGGAAUGGCUAGCCAAUUUCCGUUCAACCUUCGCUAUUGAACGUGCUGCAAAACCAGUCAUAAAUGGCACAGAAGUCAUUGAAACUUCCGAAUUCCUGUCUGGAGUAGACUGGAGCACCUUCAAAGUUAACGGUCACCCAAUGUACAGUAUAUUCCUCUUCUUCUUUGGAGUUACAAUAGCUCGAGUUGGAGUAUGGAUAGCUGACUUGUCUAUAACUCAGCUAAUGCAAGAAAACGUGCUCGAAACGGAACGAUUGACCGUGUUUGGAGUUCACACUGCCAUAUGUCAGUUCUUCUCGUUAUGCAAGGAUGUUUUGGUGAUAUUGUUCCCGGAUUCCAGGAUAUUUGGAGCGUUUGUUUUGUUAAGUGUUAUGACUGUAAUGGUGGCGUAUUUGCACUACUUGUACUAUAUGUGGAGGGUGAGUUAUUGUUUACAAUCUUAUAGAAAAUAGUGGUCAUUCUGAAGGGUUCUGUUUACUUUUGAGCCGUUUUUUGAAUUUUGAAUAAUUUUACAUUGAAAUUUUAAACUGUUUUGCCAUUUACUAUAACUUUUUGUAAAAUUUUACUUUUUUAAGAAUUUUUAAUGUUGUUAAUCGUUUUUAAAAGUGAAAUUGAUAGAAGUAGCUGUUUUUUUAAACACUAACUAACAGUUUGCUUUCAGACCAAAAAUACGGAUUUUGAAUCAGUAGCUGCUGACACUACCGACUUUAAAGAACUCAAUCUGCCGGAGCUGCUUUUUAACCUAGAAGUUGCUAAAAAUUAG